AUGCCUAAGCUAGAGCAGUUUGAGAUCAAGAAGUACUGGCAGAUUUUUUCGGGAUUGAAACCCGUGGACAACAAAUUAACGCAUGAUCAGGUUCAACCCAUUCUGUUCAAUUCGAAGCUGGACUCUUCCUUGCUGAACAAAAUUUGGUUUUUAGCCGAUAUAGACGAUGAUGACAACCUGGACUUUGAAGAGUUCGUCAUUUGUAUGCGUCUCAUUUUUGAUAUGGUAAACAAAAACAUCGACUCCGUGCCAGACACGCUACCGGACUGGCUCAUUCCCGGCAGCAAGGCAAAACUCAACCAACAACGCAUUCCUCGAGAGGCGAGCCAAGAGUCAUCUGCAGUAGCUAAGCCCUCUUCCAGCAGGACUGAUCAUCAGGAAACACCUUCCUCGGCGCCUGCGCCCAAAUUGGACUGGUAUAUUUCUCCUUCUAACAAAAAUCUCUAUGCGGCGAUCUAUGAAUCAUGCGAUACUCUCACAGAUGGUACUGUCACAUAUGGUCCCCUUUCAAGUGUUGCUAGGUCAAAAUUUCCAAAAAUCAGUACAGCCGAGUUCGACCGCGUGUGGGUCCUUGUAAAUUCUCAAAAUGCGUCCUCUAUCAACAAGGAUCCUGCCGUCUACCUACUUCAUGCCCUCAAACAAAAGAAUGAUCUUGGCUGCGAUUUGCCUACUGAACUCCCACAAGCUAUCAGAGAUAUCUGCAAUCAGCAGCGUGUGACUUACGACUUAAAUUCUCAUCAAGGUGACGUAAAACGUCAUUCACCUCAAAAUUACAAAAACUACACGAACUCUCAGGACAGUUCAGCAAAAAAUACCAACAACUCAGAAGGGGAUGGGACAGACUCCGAACUAAGCGCCUUGAGGAGUCAGCUGGGAAACCUGGGUGGAAGUCCAAAUAAACUAGAAUUGUCGUAUGAUACUAGCAAAUCAGACCCAAGUGUUGCUAGUAAACAAUUCGAAGAACUAUAUUAUUAUCUCCAGGAUCAAACUUCGACUACUCAGCGACCAUCCGAGACCCUUUUGGAUGUAAGGGGCGUAAGAGAGGAUUUAGAGACCAUAGAACAGCAAGUUGGGGUGUUAGAGCAAUUUUUGGCUAGCAAGAAAGAAGAACUUCAACAAUUGAAAUCAGAAUCGCAGUCUUUGCGGAUAUAG